UGUAUGUCUUACUGACCGUGACCUUGCUUCACCAUGUGGAGUUUUCUAGUUGUAGCCUUGUUGCUCGGCUGUGCUUCAGUGAUAAAUGGCUCACCCCUUGCAGAGAAAAAAGUUCCUGAUUUUGGUCAGAUGUAUCACGUAAAGGGUGUGAUUUCGUUGCCCUAUGCUGAAAUCAAGGAGCCAUUCGAAGCCUGGUACGAUCUACAGGGCAGGAGAAGCCGGAUUGAUUACUACCAUGGCCAGGUCUCAACUUUUCAGCUUGGAGCUUCUGGAGAACAAGGCGUCAGCUACAAGAUCACACCAGUGACCACUGAGACUGAAUUUAAUGCCAUGAAAUGUUUUCAAGUUAAUGGCACUAAGGAGAACCCAGUUUUUCCUCAGUCUGCAUUGCCUGACCUUCAGGGCUUUCAGUUUGAACACAUGGAAUACUAUGCUGGAGUUUUGUGUGAGGUGUGGAAGAACAUCACUACUAUUGGGCACAAAAAGAACACCUACCGUCUGUGGGUGGCAUACCCUGAACAAGGGGCUUCACUGGCAGUGCCCCAACACUAUGAGAUGAUGGGCUACAAUACACUGUUGGGCUCCCACUAUGACAAAUACCUCAUUGACUACAGUGACUUUAAACCUAAAACUGAUUCUAAAGACUUUGAUCUACCAGAAGGUAUGUCUUGUGGCCCAUUUCCAGGUCCAGGAGUGGAGCAUCGGCUGUUGGCCAAUCCCAUUCAAGAUCUGAUUCAUACUUCUCCAGUUGGCCAUGCUCAUCGCUUAUUUGGACACUUCAAGGAAAAAUAUCAGCGUGAUUAUGAGGAUGAGUUGGAGCAUGAGAAAAGAGAGCACAUCUUUGUGCAUAAUGUUCGGUAUGUGCACUCCAUGAACAGGGCAGGCCUGACAUUCACUCUCUCUGUGAAUCACCUGGCUGAUCGCUCAGUGGAAGAGCUGGCAGUAAUGAGGGGUAUGAAAGGAAGAAAGACCCCCAACAAAGCUCAGCCUUUUCCUACUGAACUCAGCUCUGUCAGCUUACCCGACUCUCUGGAUUGGAGGCUGUAUGGUGCUGUGACUCCUGUAAAAGACCAGGCUGUGUGUGGUUCUUGUUGGAGCUUUGCUGCAACCGGAGCAGUGGAAGGAGCUUUGUUUUUAAAGACAGGUGAACGGGUGGUGUUGUCUCAGCAGAUGUUAAUCGACUGUACAUGGGGCUUUGGAAACAAUGGCUGUGAUGGUGGAGAGGAGUGGCGAGCAUUUGAGUGGAUUAUGAAACAUGGUGGCAUCUCCACUGCAGAGAGUUAUGGAGGAUACACUGGCAUGAACGGACUGUGCCAUUAUAACUCAUCGUCUCAGACAGCCCGUGUAAAUAGCUACACCACCGUACCUAGUGGUGAUAUUGAGGCUCUGAAGGCAGCACUGUUUAAACGUGGUCCUACUGCAGUAGGCAUUGAUGCUGCACAUCGCUCCUUUAGCUUCUACAGUAAUGGCGUGUAUUAUGAACCAGCUUGCAAAAAUGGGACUGAUGAUCUGGAUCACGCUGUGCUGGUGGUUGGCUAUGGGGUACUGGAUGAUCAGCCUUACUGGCUGGUGAAAAACUCAUGGUCUACUUACUGGGGCAACGACGGCUAUGUGCUCAUGUCCAUGAAGGACAACAAUUGCGGAGUAGCAACUGGGGCAACCUAUGUUACGCUGGCCUAAUGUACAGUAUUGUUUCUGUGCAUGUAACUGUUUCUGCAUGCUAUGUUUGUCGAGCGUGAUUAUUUGAGUUGGAUUUUUGUUGCAGGGAUGCACAGGAAAACAUUUUCAUGGUAUUUUGCGAGAGCAUAGACCGUGUCAGCUGCUUAUGAUCAACACAAUACUCAUACAAUCUGCUGUCUGCUGAAUAUUUUCAAUCAUUGAUCAACUAUGUGAUCAUGUUUUGUUGCAAUAUUUUGUAUUUGUAAAGUCACUGCAAUAUUUUGUCCAUUGUGCAGCACUAUUGAACAGUGUCACACAGGUGACUCUUGAUACUUUUGUUUUUGAUUAUACAGGUUUUUUAAUAAAUGUUUUGAUUCAA